CACACUUGUAUUUAUUGGUAUUAAACAUAAUAGUAGUAUUUUUCAUAGCGACUGCACAUUUGUACAACAGUGUCAUUUCUACCAGACGAUGGCAGGAGCAAUUGUGCGAUUAAAUAUUUUAACAAAACCGCAAAUUGCGUGCGUUUUGCCAAUUGCGGCGCAACGUCGUUUGCAAAGCACGCAAGCACCACCACCCGGAACACCGCCUCCACAAACUAAAACCAAAUUUGGCAACUUAGCUGAUCAAGAUCGCGUCUUUACCAAUUUGUAUGGCCGUCAUGAUUGGCGUUUGAAGGGUGCCAUGAAACGUGGUGAUUGGUACAAGACCAAGGAAAUCAUGUUGAAGGGAUCCGAAUGGAUCAUCAAUGAAAUCAAGACCUCGGGUCUUCGUGGCCGUGGUGGUGCUGGUUUCCCCAGUGGCAUGAAAUGGUCAUUCAUGAACAAACCCUCUGAUGGCCGUCCCAAAUACUUGGUGGUCAAUGCUGAUGAAGGUGAGCCUGGUACCUGCAAAGAUCGUGAUAUUAUGCGUCAUGAUCCCCAUAAGUUGGUUGAAGGUUGUUUGAUUGCCGGCCGUGCCAUGGGUGCUCAAGCUGCCUACAUUUACAUUCGUGGUGAAUUUUACAAUGAAGCAUCCAACAUGCAAUUGGCCAUUGCUGAAGCUUACCAAGCCGGUUUGAUUGGCAAAAAUGCCUGCGGCUCUGGCUACGAUUUUGAUGUAUUCAUGCAUCGUGGUGCUGGUGCCUAUAUCUGUGGCGAAGAGACCGCUUUAAUUGAAUCCCUUGAAGGCAAACAAGGCAAACCUCGUCUAAAGCCCCCAUUCCCUGCUGAUGUUGGUCUCUUCGGUUGCCCCACCACAGUGACCAAUGUUGAAACCGUUGCCGUUUCUCCCACCAUUUGCCGUCGCGGUGGUACUUGGUUCGCCAGUUUCGGCCGUACUCGUAAUUCGGGCACUAAGCUUUUCAACAUUUCUGGCCAUGUCAAUAAUCCUUGCACUGUUGAGGAAGAAAUGUCCAUUUCCUUGAAGGAACUUAUCGAACGUCACGCUGGCGGCAUUCGUGGUGGUUGGGACAAUCUUUUGGGUGUUAUUCCCGGUGGUUCGUCCACUCCCAUCAUCCCUAAGCAUGUGUGUGAUGAUGUGAUAAUGGACUUUGAUGGUCUUAUUGCCGCUCAGACUUCAUUGGGUACCGCUGCCAUCAUUGUCAUGGACAAGUCAACAGAUGUUAUUAAGGCCAUUGCUCGAUUAAUUUCCUUCUAUAAACAUGAAAGUUGUGGUCAGUGCACACCUUGCCGAGAGGGUAUUGGCUGGAUGAACAAGAUUAUGGGCAGAUUUGUAGCCGGUAAUGCUGAUCCCUCUGAAAUCGAUAUGCUGUGGGAAAUCUCCAAACAAAUUGAAGGACACACUAUUUGUGCUUUGGGUGAUGGUGCUGCUUGGCCCGUACAAGGUUUAAUUCGUCACUUCAGACCAGAAAUUGAGGCUAGAAUGAAGCAAUACUCCGCCAGAGCUUCAAAUUAAACACGAAAGAAGUAAUUUAAAGAAAACGGGGAAGAAAAAUUUAGCAACUUUUGUUUUUUUGUAAAUCGUUAGUACGAAUAAAAUUAAUUAAUUAUU